AACGGAGUUAACGACAAACCCCAAACGGAGCACCACCACCUAACGGCGACGACGACAACCCCCACACGUGCUAACUGACACGUACCAAAGAAAGAAAUGUAAUUCCCAAAAAGCCAUCAACCUUUCUGCUAUUCACUUUUCUCUAUUCCCAAACACACCCUCUCCCCUUCUUUUUCUUUCUUCUCUAUCUGACACUCCAUCUCUGCAAAUCUCUCUGUAACAAGCUUUUCAUUUGUCUCUUUCCGCUCGAAGCUUUCCCCCUUCUGUAUUAUUCUUCUCUCCUUCUCUUCCAGUCAUGCUUCAGAGCUUAGUCCCCCAAUCCUCUAUUGCCGCCAACAACCCUACCUCCUCUUCUCCCCCCUCCAUGAAAACCAAGCGCGUCGACCGCGACCACGACCCCUCCUCCUCCUCCUCCAAGCGCCCCGCCUUCUCCCGCGACCCCACCCUGCCCGAGCCCCCCGUCGCCGAGAACGAGUCCGCCGGCCUCAAACUCCUCGGCCUCCUCCUACAAUGCGCCGAGUGCGUCGCCAUGGAUAACCUCCACGACGCCAGCGACCUCCUCCCGGAGAUCUCCGAGCUCUCCUCCCCCUUCGGCAACUCCCCGGAGCGCGUCGGCGCCUACUUCGCCCACGCGCUCCAGACGCGCGUUAUCAGCUCCUGCCUCGGGACGUACUCCCCUCUCACGACGAAAGCCCUAACUGCGGCGCAGUCGCAGCGGAUCUUCAACGCGCUCCAGUCGUACAACUCCAUCAGUCCGCUAGUGAAAUUCUCUCACUUCACGGCGAACCAGGCGAUAUUUCAGGCGCUGGAGGGGGAGGAUCACGUCCACGUCAUCGACCUGGACAUAAUGCAGGGCCUCCAGUGGCCAGGGUUGUUCCACAUCCUCGCCUCCCGGUCAAAGAAAAUCCGGUCAAUGCGGAUAACCGGGUUCGGAGCCUCCACCGAGCUGCUCGAGUCCACAGGCCGGAGGCUCGCGGACUUCGCGAGCUCUCUCGGCCUGCCCUUCGAGUUCCAGCCAGUCGAAGGGAAAAUCGGAAGCAUUUCCGAGCUGAGUCAGCUCGGAAUCCGAGAGAGCGAGGCCACAGUUGUGCACUGGAUGCACCACUGCCUCUACGACGUCACCGGAAGCGACAUCGCGACGCUGAGAUCGGUGAGCCAGCUGCGGCCGAAGCUGAUCACGAUCGUGGAGCAGGACCUGAGCCACAGCGGGAGCUUCCUGGGGCGGUUCGUAGAGGCGUUGCAUUACUACAGCGCGUUGUUCGACGCGCUCGGGGACGGGUUGGGUGCGGACAGCCUAGAGAGGCAUAUGGUGGAGCAGCAGCUGUUCGGGUGUGAGAUAAGGAAUAUCCUGGCCGUGGGUGGGCCCAAGAGGACGGGGGAGGUGAAGGUGGAGAGGUGGGGGGAGGAGUUGAAGCGGGUCGGGUUCCGGCCCGUUUCGCUUGGCGGUAACCCGGCCGCCCAGGCCAGCCUUUUGCUGGGGAUGUUUCCUUGGAAAGGGUAUACAUUGGUGGAGGAGAAUGGGUGCUUGAAAUUGGGGUGGAAGGAUCUUUCCUUGCUCACCGCCUCAGCCUGGCAGCCGUCCGAUUGAAUGACUUUGACUAUCCGGGUCGAUUAUUUCGAUAUUGAUCGAUACCAUCAAGCAAACGUUGGGUCAUGGAGGCAAAAGGAAUAUCAUUUCUGCUUUGUUUCCUUGGGUGUUUUUCACUGUGCUGUAAUUGUUUGAAAGGAGGUAGUUAGGUUUUGUUCUUUAGAGGAAAAGGUCUAUAGUUCAUGGGGGUCUUUCUAUAGUUGAUGAAAAUUCAAGUGAAAAUCAAAUGCAUUCUUGGUCACUUGCAAUUUGUUUAAUUCAUUGACUAGUUUAAUUAAGGUUUGGCAUUGUCAUGAAUCAUGAUAGGGUGGGAAGUUGCAAUCAAGAUGGAAGAAUAUUGGGAAACUCUAAUAGAGAAAAUAAAACAAGACUUGUCCUCUUUGGUGUGCUCAAAAUAUGAACAAGAGACUGAAAAACUGUUGCGAAGUAUUUAUUGGAAUUCUUUGUUAGUUUCUGUCAAUUCGAAGGACACCAUUGAUGUUACAAGUUGCAAAAAAUUC